AUGAAGUUAUUCCUUCUUCUGCUAUCGCUAGCCGUGUUGUUCCCGGUUGCGGACUCGAGAAAACAUCUUCUCGCUCGUAUUUCCAAAAGUACCGUCACUCCCAGAACCCACCAGAUUGCGAAUUCCACGUCAUCUGAAUUCUCGUUGGUCUCGAUUGGAAAAGCGUUGGGAAAAUUCGUUAGAGAAUUGUUGGAUGGUGGAAGAUCUGGAGGAAAAUCUAAAAAUGUGACAGCUACAGUAACCACUGUAAAACCGAUUCGAUCUUCUACAAUCAAGGGCUAA